AGACCUACUUUGAAAAUGGUCCUCUGAGCAAAGACCUGCUGGUGGUCAGUCACACAAAGAGACGAGAGCCCAGGGACCCCAAGGGAGCACCACUCUCAAGGGGAUAGCUACCUCCUGCAGCACCAGGUCAGAGGAGAAGAACAGAGAAUGUCCGGAGCUGCGGGGAACCAGUCCGCUGGGACCACAGAGGACUACUCCUACGGCAGCUGGUACAUCGACGAGCCCCAGGGCGGCCAGGAGCUGCAGCCUGAGGGGGUAGUGCCCUCCUGCCACCCCAGUGUGCCGCCCGGCCUCCUCCACACUUGCUUGGCUGUGCUGUCGAUUGUUGUGUUGCUGCUGCUGGCCGUGCUGGUGAGGCGCUGCCAGCUCCGGCCCCACUGUGGGCACGGCAGGCCUUGGCUGCCCAGCCCUGUGGAUUUCUUGGCUGCGGAUGGGCCCUGGACUGUGCCUGCUGCUAUCUUCAUGGUCCUCUUCAGCUCCCUGUGUCUGCUGCUCCUGGCUGAGGCCCCUCUGCCCUUCCCAACCCUGACCUCACCAUCCAGCCAAGAUGGGGAAACUGAGGCUCCAGGAGGGCCCUGGAAGAUGCUGGCCCUGCUCUAUUACCCUGCCUUCUACUACUCCUUGGCUGCCUGUGCCACAGUCAGGCAUGAAGCCUCACACCUGCUUGGCAGUGUGCUGUCCUGGGCUCACUUUGGCGUCCAGGUCUGGCAGAGGGCAGAGUGUCCCGAGGUACCCAAGAUCUACAAGUACUAUUCCCUGCUGGCUUCCGUGCCUCUCCUUCUGGGUCUUGGAUUCCUGAGCCUUUGGUACCCUGUGCAGUUUGUGAGAAGCUUCAGCCGUAGGACCAGAGUGGGCUCCGAGAGGCUGCAGAGUAGCUACCCCGAGGAAUACCUGAGGACCCUCCUUUGCCUGAAGAAGCUGAGGAGCAGCUCCCCUGCCUCCAAGCAUGGCUUCCUGUCUCAGGCCUGGAUCUGCAUCAGACAUUAUGUCUAUACUCCACAGCAAGGGUUCCGACUUCCCCUGAAGCUCGUGCUUUCAGCCACCCUGACAGGAACGGCCAUCUACCAGGUGGCCCUGCUGCUGCUGGUGGCUGUGGUACCCACCAUCCAGAAGGUGAGAGCGGGGAUCACCACAGAUGUCUCCUACCUGCUGGCCGGCUUCGGGGUUGUGCUUUCAGAGGACAGGCAGGAGGUGGUGAAGCUGGUGAAGCACCAUCUGUGGGCUCUGGAAGUUUGCUACGUCUCGGCCUUGGUCCUGUCUUGCUCACUCACCUUCCUCGUGCUGAUCCGCUCACUGGUGACACACAGGGUCAACCUGCGAGCUCUACACCGAGGGGCUGCCCUGGACCUGGGCUCUCUACCUCAGAGCCCCCACCCCUCUCGCCAGGCCAUAUUCUGUUGGAUGAACUUCAGCGCCUACCAGACUGCUUUUACCUGUCUUGGGCUCCUGGUACAGCAGGUCAUCUUCUUCCUGGCGACCGUGGCCCUGGCCUUCCUGGUGUGUAUGCCCGUGUUCCACGGCAGGAACCUGCUGCUCCUCCGAUCACUGGCGUCCUUUUGGCCCUUCUGGCUGACCUUGGCCCUGGCUGUGACACUGCAGAACAUGGCAGCCCACUGGGUCUUUCUGAAGACUCACCACGGAUGGGCAGAACUGACCAACCACUGUGUGCUCUAUGCAGCCACCUUCCUGCUAUUCCCCAUCAAUGUGCUGGUGGGCGCCAUAGUGGCUGCCUGGCGAGUGGUCCUCUCUGCCCUCUACAAUGCCAUCCACCUUGGCCAGAUGGAUUUCAGCCUGUUACCACCUAGAGCUGCCACUCUUGACCCUGGCUACCACACAUACUGCAACUUCUUGAAGAUUGAGGUCAACCAGUCACAUCCAGCCAUGAUAGCCUUCUGUGCCCUGCUCCUGCGAACGCAGAAGCCCCAGCCCCGCACGGUCCCCCAGGAUGGCCUCAUUCUUGGGGCAGAAGAAGGGAUGCAGUUGCUGCAGACCAAGGACCCCAUGGCCAAGGGAACAGGGCUCAGAGCCCGCCAAGGCAGGGCCCGCUGGGGUCUGGCCUACACGCUGCUACACAACCCAGCCCUCCAGGCCUUCCGGAAGAGGGCCCUGUCCGGUGCCCAGGCCAAUGGCAUCCAGCCCUGAGGGUGGGGAGCACCAAGGCACUCGCAUUCUCUGCUAGGCAGGUGCUUCCCCUCUUCCUGGCCCAUUUCUCCCACGGCUCUCCCAGAGUCACCCCAGCCAUGGUAGCCUCUCUGCUUAGCAUCAGAUCUGCCAGUAGGUACUGGAGUCAGGAUCCCAGUGGCCAGCCCCCGAGGCUGGAGGUCACCAGGCUUGAGUGGAGGUCUGUCUACACUAUGAGCUUUACUAGGGCUCUAGUCUGCCCCCUUGGCCUGGGAAGCAGCAAAAGCUCUGAAGAAGGCACCUGGUGGUUUAGGCCUUGGUCCAGGAGCCAGUGGAACCAGAAAAGCUACAUGUAGGUCCCUCCCCAGGGUGACCCUGCUGCCAGCCUCCGGGGCCUGACUGAAGCCUUCUGCUGACCUGGGUUGGUGAUUCAAGCUGGGACCGCCUCACGUUCACAGAGUUCGGCCCCACUCAGCCUUGGCCUGACCCUCUCCUCUAUGGGGCCUGGUGGCCUGCAGGAAGCCCAGGAGGAAACCCACCGGUGGGCUCCUAUUGGCAACAAAGUCAUAGCUCACACCAGAGUCAUAGCUCACACCUAUUGGCAACAAAGUCAUAGCUCACACCAGUCCCCACACUGAGCUUCCCACACUUGAAAGCCUAAUAUUUUUGUAGUUGGUAUGCCUUUAGAUAUUAUGAAAGAGGCUAGUGUGCUCCCUGUAAUAAACUUGUCCUUGAGAAAUA